AUGAAGAAAAUGAAGUUAGGGAAUGAAUUACUUGAAAAUGAAGAAUUAAUAAUCUAUAAGCAAUGUUCUAAUUUCUUAAUUUUUUUCAAAUAUAAAACAUAUAACAUGAAUUUCGACCUUGUUAAAUCUGCAUUUCAUACAUAUUUCAAUUUAACGUUUCCAAGAAUUCUCCGGCGGAAACAAUAUGGCCCCCUUCGUUUCACGUACGUCAACUUAAUAAACAUAAUAAGUAAUGGCUUAAAUUUGGGUAAAUUAUUCACUUUAAAAUCAUCAAAACCCAACGAUAGGCAAGUUUUGGGUUCGAGUUGCAAAAAAAGCUGGAAAAUUGAGCUGGGAGUAUGUAAUGUGUCAUUGGUUGAGUGUCCAUUUCUUGGCAGGAUUUUAACGAAAUUGCGGGAAAAUUUGAUUUCCGGCAUCAUUAUGGUAUCAGUUUUGGAACAGAUGAAAAUGUCGACAAAAGUUGUCGCAGAUUGUGUCGAUUUCAAAGUAAUGAAACAGGUUGGUGCCGUGGAUGCUACAACAAAUCCAUCUAUUUUAUUGGCAGCAUCAAAACUUGAUGAGUAUAAGCGUUUUCUGGAUGAGGGAGUCGCAUAUGCAAAAAAAUACGGUUCAUCAUUAAGUCGUGAAGAACUGCGUGCCUUGGCUAUGGACAAAAUAGCAGUUCUGAUGGGAAAAGAAGUAUUAAAUGUUGUUCCUGGGCGUGUUUCAACGGAAGUCGAUGCUAGACUGGCCUUUGACAAAGAUGCACAGAUUGUGAAAGCAUUGGCAGUUAUAAAGUUAUAUGAAGAAGAAGGAAUUACGAAAGAACGUGUGCUAAUAAAAUUACCGUCAACUUGGGAAGGCAUUCAAGCUGCUCGCGUACUUGAAAGUAAGCAUGGUGUCCACUGUAAUAUGACGUUACUCUUCAACAUUUAUCAAGCUAUCGCAUGUGCUGAAGCAAAUGCUACGCUGAUUUCUCCAUUUGUUGGCCGAAUUCGUGAUUGGUAUUUGAAAAAUACAGAUGCGGAAGAUUAUAGCCGUGAAACGGAUCCUGGUGUUCAGAAUGUUCGGAAAAUCUAUAGUUAUUACAAAAAGUAUGGUUAUAAAACAGAAGUUAUGGCAGCAUCGUUUCGCAACGUAGAUGAAAUCAAGGGUCUUGUUGGUUGUGACCUAAUGACGAUCAGUGCGGCAUUGCUCAAGGAUUUAUCGGUUGACCGCGAAAAUAUUCCUGUAAUUUUGAGCCCAGAAAAAGCCAAAUCAUUUGAAAUGCAGAAGGUUACACUUGAUGAGCCGUUGUUUCGGUAUGAAAUGAAUGAAGAUAAAAUGGCUACGGAUCUUUUGGCUGAUGGAAUACGUCGUUUUGUAGCAGAUGCUCGAGCAAUGGAAGCUUUGAUUGAUAAAGCGCUCUAAGGAAGUAUUACUUAUUUGAAAUGAUUUGUCCCCAAAAUAAUAUACUUUAUCUCUUUUUUGUUUUACAUUUUUCCUUUUAUUUUGAACCAUCUCUUUAUUCUAACAUUUUUUUUUCUUUUUCAAAAGGUGAAUUGAUUAUCGUGCAGAUGUUGCGUCAUCAUUUAUUUAAUUGCUGUGUCAUUUUUUAUUGGAUGAUCAAUUCUUGUUUGCAAAUUUGUCAUAUUUUCAGCAUUAUUAGGAUGACAAAGAUGAAAC